AAAUAAAUAAAAGAUGCAGUGGAGAGUGGAUACAAAGUGAGCUCCGCUAGCGAAGCCGUGUCUCAGUUCCUUUGCAGACGACUAGCGAGAUGGUCAACUACAAACGGGUGGUAUGCGAGGUGGCAGUGUUGCUGGUGGUGCUAUCAGUCACUAAUGCAGCUCCAGCCACUGAUUGCACUCAUGCGCAUUAUGAUCAAAGGCAGAAUGGAACAGAAAACUAUCGCUUAAACAUUGACGGCGUCGUUAUCGCAGUGGCACCAGCGGAGUCACUCCUUGAAGCAGCCUCAGACCUAAGUGACUAUUUCGAUAUGGCGAGUAUAGACGUGUUACUAAAACCGAGUACUGAAAGCCCAUCUCCAAAACCAGAAGAAAGUGUUAAGCCUGAUGCUGAAAAGCCCUUAAGUGACGUCAGCCUCAAUUCAGAUUUGACUGCUCAAAAAAAAGACGCAUCAGUUCGGAAACAGGAGAAAGCUCAAAGACUGAAACACCGCCUGGCAAAUGCUAUAAUACCAUUGCUCCGAAGAACACGCCAUCAAUUAAGUGACCAUGUCUAAAAUCAGUAAUAAUAUUAAGGCUACAAGUGAUCUGCAAAGUGCAUUUACUUAUAAAUAAUUUAGCUCUAAGUUGUAAGAUUGUAUGUGAAUUGUUUC